GUGACAGUAAGCGCCGCAAGGUGUGGACUCCAACCAGUAUUAUGCCGAAUAGGAAACGCAGAACUUACUGCAUUAGCGCAGACUGGUAGCCGUAUGAAACCGGGAUAAAUGUCAUCAACAUAUAGGUCCAAAAUAAUGUUUUGAAUCAGAAGAAGAUUGAAAAUAAACGCCGCGAAAUUGUCAUUUUUACGAGAACCUGCAUUUGCCCCGAUGAACUUAAUGAUUCGCAGCUAAAGUUGUUCGAAACACAAUAGGACUAAGGGCGUAGAGAAAGCACAACGUUGCCCUUGAAUCGUCAUGGCGAUUUGAAUGGUAAAAUCCCAAUAAUCAGCUUGUUUCAUACAUCUUAUCAGAUAACGUGUCGAACUCGGAAGAAAAAUGUCAAAAUGAAAUUAAUUUAUUAGUGCAGAAGAUCGAAGACCCGGAAAUGCGAUAGAAUAAGAGAAAACAUAAGAAGCUACUGAUUUCGCAAAGGGACACGGAAAGGUUAUGAGCUGAAUAAUCGAAUGUACAAUUGCAAACAAGGGCAGGAAACCAUUAGGCCUAUACGAUUAUUGAUUAGUCCUAGUACAUGGUGACCUAUUUGAUAACGAAGUUUAUUGCAUAGCCCGGGAAAGGAAGCAGGCCUGUAAUUAUAUCUCGAAAUAAUGACCAAGAAUGUAUUGAUUACAUAAAAACCGGUUAUUAAAACCAUGCCAAUAAUAAGGGCGGAUGAGUUAACGAAAAGUAAUGCUUGCGGUUGUAUUGUACGGACAUCAGGCCAGACGACGACUGCUGGAAGUGAAGUGGAGUUGACGAAAUGAAAUUAUUUUGGAAAUAUUGCGCUGCGUUAUCGGCAUGUAUAAUUUUGUUUACAUUCCUUUUUAAUAACGAGCGUUUCUCAAUAGAGCGCGUGGGCAAUGAUGACGUUCAUCUGGUUUUAACACUUGGAAAAUACGCUGGCUCUCAUGACGAAUACGAACGACUGAUUGCAACACGCGCGGACGGCGAUGCGUCGCGAUCGACGUUUGAUAUCAUCCAGAUUGCGCACCAGAUGGAGAUAGGUCGUCAAUACAGGACUACGGGAAAACCGAGCGUAAAACACAUCGACGACAGCGCGUUCCGAAUUUUGAAUAACUCUCGUAUAAAUAUUUCACAGAAGGUUAAAAGGGAGAUUAACCGAUCGUCGGCGAUUCGGAAACUUGAAAACAUUGUUAUUCUCGAUGAAUAUGGUUUGAUACCAUCACAACCAAGUCAGCAACUGCCAAAUGAUACCAAUUUGAACAUUAAAAAUAAACAUUCCUUCUCUAGACCCAACGAUGCAAUAAAGCUAAUUCCGAAUGAAAAAAGAGAGUGCUUCAAAAAAAUACUUCUCUGGGAAGACCUACAAGGCGUGAAUGCUCCUCAGGUUGCAGGAACUUUCUUUUGUCCUGAGAUACCAUGUAAAGUUAAAGUGAGCUACAGUAACGGCUCUAUAGACAAAAUCGCCGAAGCUGACGCGGUCAUCUUACAUCACAGGUCAAAGAAAGAUCUACUGAAAAUGAUAACCAAACGUAAAGUGGGUCAAAAAUGGAUAUUGGCAACAAGAGAAAGCCCCCUGCAGUCAUCAAUAGAACCUCCAGACAACCUGCGGUCUGUGUAUGACUGGAUAAUGACGUACAGACAAGGAGCCGAUUUUAGCCUAGCGUGGGGUUAUUUCGACCGUGGUGUUCCGCAGUGGAAAGAAGGAGUUGAUAAAAAUUGGGCCAGCGGUAAAAAUAGGUUCCUAGCGUGGAACAAAUCAAACUGUACUGACACACCCUCUGCUUACAAAGGUUUUGUUUCCCGGUUAAAUAAAUAUAUACCUGUUAGUAUACCACAGAAUUGUCGAUCAACUAAUUGUAAUUAUUACUCCAGCGAAUGCAAACAGAGUAUACGACAAUUUAAGUUCGUAUUAGCGUUGGAAAACAGUGAAUGUAAAGAUUAUAUAACGGAGAGUUUUUGGGAAAUGUCGCUGAAAAACGAUGUCAUUCCUAUUGUUUAUGGUCCACCGAAAAAGGAUUAUGAACGUUUAGCGCCUCCACAUAGUUUUAUUCACAUUGACGACUUUACAAAAGUAGCUGACUUAGCAAAAUAUCUUAAAAAACUAGACAAUAACGACACACUUUAUAAUGAAUAUUUUCUAUGGAAAAAGGAAGGAAAAAUUGUGAGCACAAAGCAAUCUUGGGAAUUCAACUCGAGAGAUAAAAUGUGCGAGGUAGCAAGAAAACUUCGAAAAAUUGAUGUGCAUCCGGGUUCUAGCCAAUCGCGUAUUUACGAGAAUAUCAUUGGUCCAUGGUGGAAAGGCUCGUGCGCAAAACGAAAAAUGCCAAGUUAACAUUAUAUUAAUGUCUAGGAUAUAUCCACCUGUGCCUGUUAAAAUGGAAAUGUCCAGAGUUCGCCAUUGUUUUAAAGACGUACUUUGUCGACACUACUAUAUGAAGAACACGUGACUACUCGGCAUCUACCAAACGUAAUCCGCUUCGUUGAAUAAACCAUUAGGCCUAAGGCAUGUUAUUUAUAUUGAAUUAAAUGUUAUACUGUAGAGGAAAACAUUUCCACCAACUAUCUUCAUUGAGUAGGCCUAUGCAAAAUCAUGAACUUGAUACCAAUAUCAGUACAACUUAAGCUUCACCUCUCGCCAUGGGCAGCUUGCAACCUCCGACAGUGAAGUUGUCGCGUAUCAACUAGGUCGAAUCCAUUCCUAGCAUGGGGUAUCUGGCGCACAUUUUCUAUAGUAUCAUUCACGGGCGUUAACAUUGUUCGGAACUUUCCUCAUAAUUGAAAUUAAGUGUUGAGAUUAAGGGGUUAAUUUCAGGACCAAAUUGUAAUAAAAAUGCCAGUAUUACAUUUUUGUACAACAAACAAGCGGGUGGCGAAUUUGUAACAUGUUGAUUGAAUGUUGAACUUUAGGAAAUACCAGUCAACAAUAAAAAUGAUUUUUAUA